CGCUGCGAGCCCGCUGGAGAAGGGAGGCAGACCGAUGUAAACAUGUUUACCUGAAAAAUGGGACUGCGACGAUGUUUAAAAAUGCCAAGAAAAGCUGGAACCUGCAGAUUUAUUUAUUGUUUUCAUCUCUAAACGAAAUAGAAAUGUGAUAGUGAAGCGGGAUUUUAAAAAAUAGAAAAAAAGUACUUCCGUUCAGCAGGAGAAACCGAUUCCUGAUUGUCGUGUCGAGCCGAGCUGACAGGCUGCAGCAAAUGGCAACUUGUGCAGUUACCAAUUAUAAUAAUGUUGUUGAAGCAAGUUCGGACACGGAUGAUGAAGAUAAAUUGCAUAUUGUGGAAGAUGAGAGUGUGACUGAUGCUGCAGAUUGUGAUGCAAAUGCACUGGAGGAUGAUUUGCCAACAAAGUGUUCAGUAUUGCCAAGGAAAGAUGAUACAGAUGAAGAAAAUGAGAGUGCUGAGUGGAGAAAUGAAGAGGGAAGGAAAGAAAAUACGGGCAGCCUGGGGCCUGAAGCCCAGAUGCUGAGUGAUGGUUGCACAGCUAAUGAAGAAGGCUGUGAUUCUGAUGGAGAAAACUGCUUUCAUGAUUCAACUGCAGAAGAUGAACAGGCUCAUGAUCCAAAAGUUCAAGAAUACCUUCAGCAAAAAGACACAGCUGUCAUUUUCCCAGAAGCCCCAGAGGAGCAACAUAGAAGAGCCACACCAGAAGCUAGUGGACAAGAAGAAAAUGGGACUCCUGAUGCUUUUGCUCAGCUGCUCACAUGCCCAUAUUGUGAUAGAGGAUACAAGCGUUUGACGUCACUAAAAGAUCACAUAAAGUAUCGCCAUGAAAAAAACGAUGACAACUUCAGCUGUUCCCUUUGUCGCUACACUUUUGCCUACAGAACACAACUGGAUCGUCACAUGGCUUCACACAAGUCAGGACGAGAUCAGCGCCAUGUUGUAACACAGACGGGUGGAAACAGGAAAUUCAAAUGCACUGAAUGUGGAAAAGCAUUUAAAUACAAGCAUCAUUUAAAGGAGCACUUACGCAUCCACAGUGGAGAGAAGCCAUAUGAAUGCUCUAACUGCAAGAAACGAUUUUCCCACUCAGGCUCUUACAGUUCACACAUCAGUAGUAAGAAGUGCAUUGGGCUUAUAUCACUUAACGGUAGAGCACGUUCAGGAAUCAAGACACCUCAAGGCACUUCUCCGUCCCUUUCUCCUUCAACCAAUAGCCCUGCUAGAACACAACUUCGUCAUAAGCUAGAAAACAAUAAACCUUUACAGGAACAGCCUGCCAUAAACCAAAUCAAAACUGAGCCUGUGGAUUAUGAAUACAAAACUAUGGUCGUGACCUCUGGUAUCAACUGUGCAAGCUCUUUCCAAAAUGGAGGAUUUACUGGCAAUACCCCAGUGCAAGUUACAACUUCUCCACAAAGUGUGGUUCAGGCUGUUGUAUUGCCAACUGUAGGCCUGGUUUCUCCUAUUAGCAUAAAUUUAAGUGACAUUCAGAAUGUUCUUAAAGUUGCAGUAUUAGAAAACAAUCAUGUUACUCUCCCUUCCAAAGAACCAGGAACGGUCUCUUCUGGAUCUGUACAACAAAACAGUCAUUCCCUCAUUUCAUCAAUUAGUCUUCCCUUGAUUGAUCAGGAUGGAACAACCAAAAUCAUUAUCAACUAUAGCUUAGAGCCAAGUCAGCUCCAAGCUGUGCCACAAAAUUUAAAAAAGGAAGUUCCUAAUCGAACAGACAGUUGUACAAAUGAAAAGCCACCAGAAGACCUCACAGUUAAAUCUGAGAAAUCGGAGACAAGUGCAGAAGGGGUUAAUAACACUUGCCUUCUUUGUAACGAAUGCCCUGGUGGGCUAAAUGCACUUCAUGAGCUAAAGCACUAUCAAUUAAAAACUGAAGCUCCUUCAGGAGAAAGCAGUAUUAAGGUCCCUGAAAACCUCCCCGGAGCUUCUGUAUCAACAGAAGAGAAUAUCUCUUCAGAUCAAGAGCCAUUGAAGAAUCUGUUGUCACUUCUGAAAGCAUAUUAUGCAUUGAAUGCACAACCAACAUCUGAGGAAUUGGCAAAGAUUUCAGUUGCUGUAAACUUACCAUUAGAAAAGGUAAAAAAAUGGUUUGAGAAAAUGCAGACUAGUCAGAUUUCAGUCCAGCCAUCUUGUCCCUCUUCUCCCUCGCCAAACAAUGAGGAGAUCAAACCAAAGCUGUUCAUCAGUCAUCCAGAUUCAUCACCUGGUGAUGUACAAGGGAACUCUGCAAAUGUAGGAGCCAGUGAUAAGCUGGCUGAAUCUCAAAUCGUGAAUGUACCACUUAAUGCAACAGCAGAAACUUCAAGGAGUAAUACUCCUUCUCCAUCACCACUGAAUCUUUCUUCUGCAUCUUCUAGAAAUUCACAGAGCUACCUGAACACGCCAGAUAGCAAUCAAGAGGAUUUACAGCUAGAACCCCUUGACUUAUCUCUUCCAAGGCAGCAAAAAGAAGGGCUUGAAAGACCCACUAUAACCAGUGUUUACCACAGCAGUGUUCAUUAUGUCCAAGAGGAGCCCUUAAACUUGUCUUGUUUAAAGAAAGAACAAAAAGAAAAUGACAAUACUAAUGAAGAAAACUCAACAAGUGCCAAACCUAUAAAUAUUGCAAUUCCUGCAGUCACCACAAAACUUCCCACGAUUGUUGCCAUUUCGAAUCAAAGCAGUGUUCCAUGCCUCAGACCUAUAGCUACAAUAAAACAGGCAAGCUUCAUUCCACAGGUGGCCUACACGUAUAAGACAGCUAAUUCAAAUGGCACUGAACAGCAGCAGAAAUCAACUCAAGCCAACGGAAAUCAUCUAGAGGAAAGCCAAGAGAUGAAUUCUGGAAGUGUGCCCAAUACUGAUGAUCAGAAUGAUUCAGACUCUACGCCGCCACGUAAGAAAAUAAAAAAGACAGAAAAUGGAAUGUAUGCCUGUGAUCUGUGUGAUAAAAUAUUUCAAAAGAGUAGCUCUCUCCUAAGACACAAGUAUGAACAUACAGGUAAGCGACCUCAUCAAUGCGGGAUUUGCAAGAAAGCUUUCAAACACAAACACCAUUUGAUUGAACACAUGCGACUGCACUCUGGAGAGAAACCUUAUCAGUGUGAUAAAUGCGGCAAGCGUUUCUCACAUUCAGGCUCCUAUUCACAGCACAUGAACCAUCGCUAUUCAUACUGUAAGCGAGAAGCUGAAGAACGUGAAGGAACAGAGCAAGAGGAGACUGGGCCUGACUCACUGAACAACAGUGAGUAUACAGACAUCAGGACCUCUCCUUCCCACGUGGACUCAGAUGACAAGGACAGCAUUGCAAGAGAAGAUGAAAGUGAAAAGGAGGAGGAAGAGAAAGAAAGUGAUGAAAUACAAGAUAAUUGUGGAGAGGAAAUGAGAGAGGAAUCAGAAGAGGAAGCUGAAGAAGCAAAUAGAACAGACCCGAUGAGUGAUGUGGAGCAGGAAGAUACAGUAAAUAAUCUGCAAGUUUUGGAAGCUAAUUCGCCAGAUAAAAUGUAAUGAAUACUUGAUCAGGAACUUAAAUUGGAGAAGAAAUGUCCUGCAAUUAGUGUUGUACCAUGUUUUUAAAAAAAAUUCCAGAAACACACUCUAUAUUGCUAUGUUUUCUCUUCACUACUGUGUAGAAAUCCCGGUGUGCCUGAACUUCAACAAUUAACAAUUUACCAUGUGAACUGUUUAAGAUAUUAGGAAUGAUGUUUGUAUAAAAAAUGCAAAAAAAAUUGCAAGUAAGGAAUUGCAUAAACUGACUGUCUUGAUUCAAAAGGCAAACCAACAGGUUUUAAAAGAAUUUGCUACCAGUCAUUCUGCAUUACCUGUUUACCUGUGUUGCUCUUCAUUUUGCCAUUCAUGUAUCCCAUUAACUUCAACACUGUACAGCUGGGAGAGAUUUCUAUGAAAAUUUCUAUUACAGAUGAAAGUAUCAACAGUAGAUUUAUAGUACUACAACUCUCUAUUCCAUUGCUGACUUUCAACAUUUCAUUGGUUUAAAAGGAUGUGAAAAUUUCUGCACUACAGAAUUCCCUUUAUACUUGUAUCUAACAUACUCCUAAGUAUUAUUGUCUACCUUUAUCAGUAUCGCACUAGAAGGUAGUAAUUGAUGACAUUAGUUGACCUUAUUUUAGAGUGUAAAUUCAUUUGAAGCAUAAUGUUAGCCUUAAAGCAGCUACUAGAAAAAUAAAUUUGAGAAGGAUGUGGUAAGACUUGUAGUUAGAUGUAUAGCAGUCCGUUGCCAAGUCUUCAAAGUAAGAACUAACAGUAUAAUUGUUGGAGAGAACUGAAGUUGGUGUUUUAGUGACUAGUGAUACUUAGGUAAGUGAGGAUUAUGGUAUGGAGCUUUGUAUCCCCCUGGCCUUAUGCAAGACCUGUGUGCUGCAAGUGCCAUUUAUAAAUCAGUAUUAUGGAAAUGUGGCUCUAACCAGCCCUUUGCUUUGGUGCAAGUUAUUAACAGUGUUAGCUGAUUUUAUUUCAGUAUUAUUUUAAUUCAAAUUAUAAUAACAUUUUAGUUUCCUAUGUUUGUGCAAAUUUUGUACUGUAUGCCCUUGAACCUGGCAGUAUUAAUACCCUACUUCCCUACUUACUGACACAUGUACCUUUUAGUUUUAGAAAACUUUUAUAUUUAUGUGUCUUAUUUUUAUAUUUCUUUAUUGUUAUUUAUUACACAAUGUAGUGUAUAAUACUGUAGUUUGUAUUAAUACAAUAAUAUAUUUUAGUAAGAAAAAUGAUUUGGAAGGUUGAUAAGAAUUCAAAGCAGAAAUACAAUUGGUUCUCUUGCAAUCAAAUUUUGUUUAACAGUGUUAUGUAACAGUAUUAUUUGCCUUGGACUGUAGAACUAGAGUUUCAAAUGAGAAUGUAUGAAUUUUACAUUCAGAAUCCAGUUAUUUGCCCUGCCUCACUUUUAAUACAUUGGGCUAUUGAAUUUCAAGCAUAACGAUAUACAACAUGGUAUUUUUUGCAGUUUUAUUUGCAAUUACUGUGUAACCGUGGAACUCUAUUACUAUCCUCAGCCAAAUCACAAAGUCAUGCGCAGUGUUGGGAACAACAUAACAUUUUUUGCUUUGUGCCAAUUUAUUUUAGAAUUCCUCUACAUCUGAUACAAGCCAGAAGUUAUUUUUAAUUGCCUAGUUACAUGAUAGUCAUUUUCUAGUUUUAUACCAGACUACCCAUCUCACAAUAAAAUGCAUCAACAAACUGUCUGAAUUUGUGACUUCACUGUUGUGUUUUAGUUUUUGUUCCAAAGGUACUAUUUACAUCAUAUUGUGCAUUUCCCAGAGUAAUAGCUAAUUUGCAAUUGUGUAGAAAAAAAGCUGAAAUACAUGCAAUGUUUAAAAUGACAAAGAAAUUACAUAUUUAAUGGAUUCAUAUUGGUUCUCAUUGGAAUAGAUACUCAAAAUUCCCUAACCAUAUUUUGAUCAGUAAAUGUUCUGGUGUCCAGUUGAAUGUUAGGUUAGAUUUGCCUGCAAUGCUUUGCUAUUUUGCUCGUAUCUACUAGCCUGAUUUAUACAUGAAAGCCUUUGACUUCUCUAGCUCAUAGAAUAAGUAAUCAGUUUCCUUUUCCUUGCUAUUCCUUUUCUGAAUAGGGCAUCUGAAAAUCUCCAGGAAUUUGGUCUGCAAACUUGCUCUGCACUCAGCAAUAUUUGAGAUGGUUCAUAACUUUUGCCUGCUCAAACAUACUCCAAUGUCAACUUCUUUGCUGUAGAAAAAAUUGGCAAAGGUUUAGUAGUGUGUUCUGAGAAUCAAAUAUAUUUUUGGCGUACAUGCCCAUUUUAGACUUGUGCAAUUGGUGUGAAAUCUCAUUGUUUGUUGAGAAUAGUAGGUAGGUCUGUGGAAUAUUUCAAGAUGACAUAAGAUAGUGUGAUAUGCAGAGAAGUGGCUGGAAAUCUACUGUCAAUGUAAGGUAGCAUUUUGAAAUGAAAAAAUACAGUGAGAGUAAACAAAGUUGUAAAACACUGAAGGGUGUAAAUGAAGUAUCGUGUAUAGCAGUUUUUCCUGAAGACUGAAAAACAGCAAAUGUUAUCUCAACAUUGAAAGAAUAAACAGUAAUAGAUUCACUAUAUGAAGCAUGAUAUUUGAAAUUGGCCUAAUGGAAAGAAUGCUUAAAAGUCUUCAAAUAGUGAAACAUUAGACCGCCAAGGGUCAGAAAGGCUUUGCUUCUCUUCUGAAGAUACCUUUGGAGAUCUUGUGUUGUUCAUAAACUGUAAAAUCAUUUAGUGUGGAAGGAAGAAAUUUUAUCUAGUAGGGCUGAGAUAAGGAAAGUAUAUACUGGAAACAAUCUGCAGGUCAGUCAGCGUCUAUAGAAAGAGCAUUCUCAUUUCAGGUCAGACCCUUCUUCAGUUUUGAAACAUGCUACCUGUUUGUCUUUUCACAGAUGCUACUUGACCCACUGGGUGUUUACAGAAUUUCUGGUAUAUAUCAAAUAUUUUAGCAUUCGCAGGUUUUUUAAAAAAAUUCACAAUUGGACCGGCUCUUUGAAAGAGUCAUACUAUUGCUCUUAUCUAUAAUCCAGUUUUUUUUAAAGAGUUUAUCUACUUCCAUUUUGGGAGUCAGGCCACGUCUUU